AUGCUGUUAAACAAAAUAAAUAAAUAUCUAUCUAUCUAUCUAUCUAUCUAUCUAUCUAUCUAUCUAUCUAUCUACAGGGCUUUUCUUUCUCUCUUUACUUUGUUCAUUUACUACUACUUUUACUCUCUUUUUCUUUCUUUUCACACUUAUUAUUCUUAUUAUGUGCCUUCUUUUCUCAGUUUAUGUUACUUUCACUUUUUCUUUUUUGCCUCUCAAUCUUUCUUACUUAAAUUUCUUACUUUCUCUCUCUUUCUCCCUUUCAUUCAUUGUUUCUCACUUUCUUUCCUUACACACUCAUUCUUAUUAGGUUUCCUUCGUUUCUCUGUUUAUAUCACUUUCAAUUUAUCACCUCUCAAUCUUUCUUAUUUAAACUUCUUACUUUGUCUCUCUUUCUUUAUUUCCUUCUUUCUUUCACAUCCACACCUUCAUACACACUUAUUCUUAUUACAUACCUUCUUUUCUUUAUUUCUUACUUUGUCUCUCUCUCUUUCUUUCGUUCUUUUUCUUUCUUUCCUUCUCUUUUUUCACCCCACACAUUCAUACACAUUUAUUCUUAUUACUUGCCUUAUUUUGUUGUUUAUAUCACUUGCUUUCAUUUUUGGCUUCGAAUCUUUCUUACUUAGACUUCUUACUUUAUCUCUCUCUCUCUGUCUUUCUCUUAUUGCUUUCCUAGUCUCUAUACCUGUGUUGUCUGUCUCUAUCUUAGUCUGUCACUUGUCUUUUUUCUGUUUUUCUCUCUUUCUUUCUUUACCAACUCUCUCUGCCCUUCAUAGAUAUCUUUCUCUUUUUCUCCCUCUCCCCCCCCACCACAGAGCUAUUUCAUUUUUCUCUUAUUUCUGUAAGCAUGUUUUUUCUCUCUACCCUUCAGCACCACCUUUACCCAGACUUCAGACUGUGUUCUGA